CCCACACAGUAUAUAAGACAGGAUCUCUCGUGUCUCAGCACCAGUGACUCCUCACACUCCCCGCCAUGUCACACAACAAGCGACGCACCGCCAAGGACGGGAGUGCCUCACGCACACCCGCUCUGCUGACACCAGGGUCGGCUGAGGACAGUGAUUUGAAUCCUGAGUAUUUCCAGCAGUACUCAGAUACCCAGAUGCUUCCAGGAGAGUUGCAAGAAGGCGGUCUGCUCCUCCACCAGCAGUACUCUUACCCUAUGCUUCAAGGGCAGGGUGCGAGUGACUUGGCGGCGCCCCACCAUGCGUACUCUCAGACUCCAUUCCCGGGGCAGGCAGCGGGUGGUGCCCCGCCAGCCUCCCAAGACCUGUUCCAACCCAUGUCCUAUAGCGGGGAGUUGUCUGGUACUGUCCCAGCUCCCCAUCAGCAGUACGCGCCGCAAGGAGAACCUUCAGUGUCCCAGCAGCUGUUCCCUCACAUGUCCUAUGAUGACUCGGCCAGCGGCGGGUCAGUGUUCGAUCAGCUGUUCCCGCCUCAAGGAGACCCAGCAGUCCCGGUCCCCGUGCCUGGCCUGGCGUACUUAGCCCAUGAAGACGAGUCCGCUGCCCUCACCCACCAGUACCCUUACAACGUGCCAGCCGCAGAAGAUGCCUACACCUACCACGGCGAUGAUCCCUCAGGCCAGCAGGUCCUGCCUCAAAUGGGCCUCUGCAGCGGAACUCCUGCCCUAGCCGUGCCAGACUUCGGGGUGCCCUCCCUCACUCAGGCUGCCCCGGCUCAGCACAGUUUGCUGGGGGCAGCAGAGCGGAACAUCCACGGCUCCGUGUCAGACGUGUUAGACAUUACUGAAAUGGACUCCGACGUCUUGAAAACAGCCCUGGAAAUGCUGUCCUACAAUGAUGCCAGCUCCUCUUACCGCCCGACAAGUGGCGCCUCUGCCUUACAGCCACCCCUGCAGGACCCCGCCCUUGUUGUACCACUAGCAGCACCAGUACCAGAAGCAGCAGCACUACCACUAGCAGCGGCUCCAGCAGCAGCAGCAGCACCAGUGGGGAGAGGCAGCACCCUCCCUCUCCCCAUGCAGUCUCGUGACCGCGUGCAGAAAAAGAUCAAGCUUCACGAGAAGAAAGGGCCACUGCCUGACCCGGAGGACGAGAAGAAGAGGUUGCGGGCCGUGAAGCAGAAGGAACUCCGCGACAGGGGAAAAAAGAAAGAGCAGGAGCAGUACGCCUUGUUGGAGUCCCUCAUCCAGCAGGUGGAGGACCUCGAGAUGGAGAAGAGUCAACGCCAGCGCUCAGUGCAGGACCUGGAGGCACAGCUGCGGAACCGCGCCAACCUGGGGCCAGCCGGCCAUCGCCCAGACCCCGAGACUCAACCUGCGCCGCCACAACACCCCGAGGAAGAGCAGAUGCAGCAGGACGAACAGGAUCAAGGGGACGGACAACCAGAGCAGCACGGGGAGGCAGACUCGCACUACCGCCAACACCACCAGCAGAAAACACCGCCACAACAACAACAACGGCAACUGCAACAACAACAACAACAACAACAACAACAACAACAACAACAACAACAACAGCAGCAACAGCAGCAGCAACAACAACAACAACAACAACAGGCAGAGGAAAAAGCGGAAGUGCCAAGUGCUAUAGAGGAGAGUGCCAAGAACCAGAUCCAAGAUGAAGUGGAGAAGAAACCAAAUGAGCCGGAAGACAACGAUAAGGAAGCCAGCAAGUAAUUCCUAUUUUGGCUUUGAGCAAUUCAACUUUUUCCUUGUCAGAUUUAUGUCCGUAUUCUGAAACGCUUCGCCCUCUCACCGCGACUAUUUUCGAAAGGCCACAUAAAUAAUUAGCCAAGAAUUCAAGUGUCUUCUCUUAAUAACAUAGAAAACGUGCUUAUCUGUCACUGCAACCAGAAAGACACUAUUUAAAAACAUUGUAACUUGAAGUAGAGCCUUUGGAAUGUAUACAGUGGAGGUGCGGCGAGGUGUUUCAGAAUAGGGUCCUUAAUCUCGUCAGUACCAA